CCCAAACAAAGAAUCUUUCUUUUCAACCAACUUUGCGCGAGUCUACCCACGGAUUUGGGAUCAUGACCUAGCUGUAUCUCGGUCCAAGGUUGCGAGCUGGAGAAUACCAGAGAUCAUUUCACCUCUGCGGAGAUCGAGAACUCACCAGCGCCCGGCUCCCGUCAUGACACUUCGCCUGUGAGAUGCUCGUUGCGCCUUGUGUCGUCAUAACCGGCAUCCAUACCUAACCACAUCGUCACGCCCUCACCGCGCGUCUCGGAAACAGGCCAAUCGCCGAGCGCGUAGUAUACUUCCACUUCAAGCACCCUUACAAAGCGAACUUGCUCGACAUUCCUUCGAGCGACUCCAUCCUUCCUCGGGCGCAUUCUCCCACUUUCUCCUGGUCGCGCGCCACCAGCCAGACACGAUGGAUCUCGCAGUGACCCUCAUCAAAUCGGUCAUGCGGGCCUUCUACCAGACACGCGAUAUCCUUGUGAUUGAUGCUCUGAUUCUGCACGAAGCGCUCAGAGACGAUGAUCUGGCGUACCUGAUGGCCAUCAACACCAAGGAUCUCCACAAGAUUUGUGGAAAGCUGCGUGAGGAUAGAUUCCUGACUGUGCAUACGAGAUCAGAGCUGCGAGAGGGAAACCCAAGGCCGAGCAACCGAACGUGGUACUAUAUCAACUACCGCCAUACCAUCGAUGCCAUUAAGUGGCGUGUCUACACGAUCGACAAAGAGGUCCAGGGGACCACACAAAUAGCAAAUGAGAAGAAAGAAUACUUUUGCUCAUUCUGCAAGGCCGAGUGGACGGCAAUGGAGGUCUUGGACAAUGUUGGGCCGGAGGGGUUCCUCUGCCAUCGCUGCAAACAUACCCUCACAUUUGAGGCAGAUCGUAACGCGGGUGGCCAUGAGCAGUCGACUCGCCUCAAUGACCAGUUCAAGUUCAUCAGCGAGCUCCUGCCCCAGAUCGAUGCAGUUCACAUCCCCGAGUGCGACUUCGACCGUGCCCUGGCCAAGGCUCGCCCAGUCGUUCGAGAUGCUACUCAUCAACGCGCAACAACAAUUCCAGUCGACAAUGGGGCGAAUAGGCCUAUGGCAGUGAAGGGCUUGACUAACACUGGUCCUCAGUCGAUUGCGGUUAACAUCUCAACUUCAGACGGGCCUACUGAGGCCGAGAAGGCCGCAGAGCAAGCUCUCAAGGAGAAGAUUGCUAAGCAGAAUGCACUGCCUUCGUGGAUGUCUAACAGUACAGUAACUGGAGCGUCUUUCACCGCAGAGAACGAGCCUGGUGCAACUGCCGCCACAAAAGCAUCGGGCUCCAAAGCCUCAGCGCUCUCAAAUUCGACCGACAACAAUGCCAAUACUCAGAUCGAUGACAUAUUUGAGAAACUCAAAGCCGAACAGGCUGCAGAGCGAGCGCGUGAGGGAGGGGGUUAUGAAGAGUUCGGCUCAGAAGAAGAAGAAGACGAGGAUGAGUUUGAAGACGUGCCUGCAACUGGCAACGUAUCUAGUCGAGACACGCCAAACACGCCAGCCAUCAAGAUAGAGCCGUCAGGCCCCUCGCGAGAGGAAGAUAGCCCAGAGGAAAGGCUAGCUAAGCGGGUGAAGGUUGAGCCGGAGGUCAAGAAGGAGGAGGAGGAAGAUGACAGCGAGGAGGAUGACGAUGAUAUGGUGUUUGAGGACGUAUAGGGGAGCGAAAAUCGUCACAACAGAGGGCCUGAAUAUCACCCGCAAGGGGAGGGGAGGCCAUGGAGGCCAAAUGAGGCUGGAACACGCAAAUACCCCACCAAGACGUAUGUAUAGAAGCUCAAAUAGCAUAAGAAUCACAUUCCGGCACUGGAAAUAGUAGAUCGUAGGAGUGGAGAAGCAAGCAUUGAAGGUUAUACAAAGAGAUGGGCCCAAGAUACAACAAAUCUGAGGUGCAGGGUAGCUCUAGCCGUAGUGGGCUCUGUCCAUUGUCCAUUGUCCAUUCACUUACAUGAGCAGAGUUAUUGAAGGAAAAUCGACAUAAGACGAGUACUCGGUUCGGGGCGUGGUUUGAGUGAAGGACUUGGCUUAGUG